AUGGUUAUUAAGCCAGUUUCAGUGAAGACUGAGCCCCCAGGCUGUCUGUAAGUAAUUCAGCAGUUAGGCAAAGAUCUCCAGUGAUACUAUCUUUUCAGAGUUGAUGAAAAUGGCUUUGGAGAAGCGAGAACCCGUGUUUGCUCCCUCAGAGAGAAAAGUUAUGUUUUCAAGUCUUCUUUAGCACCAGAGUAUCCUUACAGAAGCCAUGUCAACUCUGAGCGACUAAUGUAGAAUGAUGGGUUUCAUGAGUUGUGCUGCUCACUGAAAAACAAGACAGUCUGUAAUGUUAAACUUAACAGAAAGCAAAUGAAAAACAAUAGCAGAGACAGUGCUCUUGAAAGUGUAUGUUGAAAGAAGCUGGACACUUCCUCCUCUUCAUCCUGAAAAGAUUACAUCUGGAACAGCCCCUCAGCUGGAUGACAGUACAGGGCAAGGUCUGCCACAGCCUCAGGGAACUGGAACACCCAGGUACAAGCUAAACAUCCUAAUUACUGAUUUGUAGGUACUUCUUAAAAUCUCCUGCUCCAUGGCUCAUUUUGGGGUCAUGAAUUUCACCAGAAUAUCUUUUUCAUCUCAAAGAUUUCCCCAUUUCUGAAACAUUGCCAAAGCAGCACUUAAACAAGCUCUACAAUACAUGCUGCCAACUCAUGACACUGACAGCUGCUACCCUGAAGUGCUCAUUGUGUUCUGGCUUCCUUUUAUCAGCGCAGGUUUCUGCCAGUGAAUCAGUCUGCUAGUGGAGACAAACUAGGAACUGAGGCAGAGGACACAAGCAAGGCAGUCAAUACAGAGGCUUCUGUUAGAUUCAUGCCAACACCUUGCCCUGUCUGCCAAUCACAGCUCCCUUGUUACCUGCAGAGUGUUCAGGCAUGUUCACGUGUGGUAUGUCAAAGUGUUUUCCUCAUCUGUUCUGCAGCCCUGCCUGUUGAACAGGGUGAGCUGCAGAGAGUGCCUCCUCACAAAGCCCCAAGAUGUGGUGCCUCCUCAUGCUGCUCUGCUCUCAAGCAAUUGCCUUUUCAGCAGGAUUCACAACACCCUCCACUCUGAACUCAGAUGAAAGCCAGUUCAGGAAGACUCGUAACCCUGAAUCCCUUAUGAAUGUUAGUGAAAUUAUCAGAUAUCAUGGAUACCCCAGUGAGAAACACGAAGUUACUACAGAGGAUGGGUACAUUCUUAGUGUUUUCAGAAUUCCUGCUGGGAGGAACAGCCGAAAUACAGGGCAAAAGCCUGUAGUCUUCCUACAACAUGCUCUUCUAGGAGAUGCUACACACUGGAUUUCUAACCUGCCCAACAACAGCUUGGGCUUCCUCCUCGCAGAUGCUGGCUAUGAUGUCUGGAUGGGAAACAGCCGAGGGAAUACUUGGUCUUUAAAACACAAGACCCUUAAUCCCAGCCAGAAGGAGUUCUGGCAGUUCAGCUUCGAUGAAAUGGGUAAAUAUGACAUUCCAGCAGAGCUGUACUUCAUCAUGAAUAAAACUGGACAGAAGGAUGUAUAUUAUGUCGGUCACUCUGAAGGCGCAGCAUCAGGCUUCAUAGCAUUUUCUACAUACCCUGAGCUGGCUAAAAAGGUGAAAAUAUUCUGUGCUCUGGGCCCAGUAACCUCAUGUUCAUAUGCUACAAGCCCUCUGGUUAAGAUGACAAAUCUUCCUGAACCACUGAUGUGGUUACUAUUCGGUUGCAAAGGAACCAUGCACCAGGUUGGUUUUCUGAGAGGACCUGUGACACAGCUGUGUGCAAGCCUGGAUAAGUUUUGUGGCCACAUACUCUGUUAUGUAGCUGGAGGUAGCAUAAAAAAUUUGAACACGAGUCGAAUAGAUACAUACGUAGGACAUUCUCCUGCUGGAACAUCAGCACAGGACUUUAUCCAUUGGCGUCAGAUAAGACUUGCAGGCCAAUUGCAAGCUUAUGACUAUGGCUCUAAGGAAAAUAUGAAGAAGUACAACCAGUCUUCUCCUCCUGUGUACAAGAUAGAGGAAAUAAACACCCCAGUUGCUGUCUGGAGUGGUGGACAGGACAAAUUUGCAGAUCCAAAAGACAUAGCAAAGCUGCUCCCUCAGAUUAAAAAUCUCCUUUAUCACGAGCAUUUUCCUUCUUGGGGUCAUCUUGAUUUCAUCUGGGGCCUUGAAGCAACUGACAAAAUGUAUCGGAAAAUCAUUGAACUAAUGACAAAAUAUUGAAAUCACAUGCACAUGAUUCACUCAGCAGAAAUCUCCAGAAUUUCUGUUUUGCAAUAAUGGUAAAACCUGGGGAAGAGGUAAACACAGAGACACACAUAGUGGAUAGCAGUAUUUACCUGCACUUGUUUCUUGCAUUCCUCAUAGUUUGAGGGUUUUUAUAGUGUUACUGUGACUGCUGUCUUCCUGAGAAGUUUGAGGUGUAUAGGAAUGAAAACUGAAAACAUAAAUAUACUUGAGCACACGCUGCAGAGAUCACUGAAGUUGGACAAUUUUUAUUUCUACAAGACUGCAAGACUGAGUUUCCUAAGGCUAAACUCUGUUGGUCCCAUGUGUACCUUAUGUACCCCACAGAGCCAUUUCCAUGCCCAAUUUGUAUUUUCCCAUGAAGACCAAAAUGUGGGAUUUGUUCAUUUGUUUGUUGAAGUACAACUGACCUUUGCUUAAAUUAAAGCGUUUAUCUACUUGGCAGAAAACCUGGGUUUUUUUUUUUACUUCUUUUUCCCUCCUCACAUUUACUUACAGUAUCGACACAGUCAAGAGAUCUUGAGACACAGGUAACUGAUCAGG